CAAUAACAUCAUUUCUCUUCAGUGUAAACGGAAGUAAAUUACGAAAAACAACUUUCACGUUAGCGUGUUUAUCGUUGCUAUUUAGACGUUUAUUAACACCAUGGCACUUAAAAUUACUAAUUUAACGGCACAGAAUCACAUCCUUACCAUAUGUAGUCUUUAAUACAUGUUAGAGACAGGACUUUGUGAUAGAUAUAUAGCUGCUAACGUUAGCUAACAAUGACUAACGGUAUGGUUUUCCACACGCAAAUAGCCUCCAUCAUGGAGGUGCUAGCGAAUGCAGCCGUAGCAGAGAUCUGUAAACUCGUAGACGACGACUAUGCAGUGUUUCGUUUGGAAAUAACUCAAAGCCAGAAAGAAAACAGGGCAUUGCGGAGGAAACUACAGCUAUUUGAACUGAAGAUGGCACGGGACCGCGUCCUAGCCAGUCGUCCCAGUAUCAAGAUCCUCGACCGGUACAGAGGAAUGGCAAGAGGUGAAGGACAUCUCAUUGGAGGCCACAGGAGCUUUGUGAAGCCAGCGGGACACAAUACAUGGAGAGGUGACGAACCAAUCACUGUUGAUGAGGGGAGUGGAACCUCAACCCAGCAUGUUAUCAUGAUAGAGGCUGGAGGUCCUAAAGUCAAGCACGAACGGACUGAAGAAGAGGAGGGCCCACGGCACAACAGAGACAUCCAGACUGGAGUGCUUGAAGUGCCGCCUGUAGCCAUGGAGGACCUUACCACUUCCACAGCACAGCCCAGGACCCAAUGCAGCAUCACGGAGGUCAGUGGAACGCCGAACGCCGCCCUCAAAUCAGAGACCGACACCAAGACUUUAACUGUAACGCACAGGCUCUUACACACAGGAUCUGAUCAUAGAUCAGACCCAGAGAGACUGGUGGUGGGGCCACUGGGCUGUCCUCCUGCUCCUGCUCCUCGCUCAGAGUAUUUACCAGUAUUUCACCAGAGCCAGAGAACGGUUCAUUCCCGUGGAGAUGGUGAUGCGUUAUACACUGACGUUGAUGAUCCGUCUUGCUCUUAUGCUACAGAGAUGGAACCUGGCAACAUGCCCUUGGGUUUAGAGACACAGACUGAUCUGUCUAAAGGGGACUGGAACCAGUACAGUAGUAGUGUAUACUCUGAAGGGUGCCUAGAUAAGAAAGGGGAGGGUCUGGUCACAGAUGAAGUGACUGUGAAAGUGGAGGGCGACAUUCCUCAAACAUGGAAUGCCGAUAGUCACAAUGGAGACGGACACUCACAGGGUAGAGAUUUCUUAGAAUACAGAGAAAGCUUAGAGACAACUCAAAAUGUCGCAACUAACUCCCUUUUACUCACGUUCAGGGAUCGUGACCCAGUGUCCAUGUCGAUGGGUCCUUCUGAUUCGUAUGGCCAAAUCCUUUUCGAUCAGGUAUUGAACUCAAACGACAGGGCUAGAGCCCAGGCUCAGGGAGGGGGUGCCACAUCAGGCAAUAGUAAAGAGAAACGGUUCCUCUGCAUGUUCUGUAACAAAGGCUUCAGCUGCCCCCAGACAGUGGAGGUGCACCAGAGGAUCCACACAGGGGAGAAACCCUACAGCUGUACCCAGUGUCACAUGCGCUUCGCCCAGUCUGGCAGCCUAAAGAGGCACCAGAGGGUCCACACAGGUGAGAAACCCUACAGCUGCCCCCAGUGUGAGAAGAAGUUCUCCCACCAGCACCAUCUGAAGACGCACCUCAAGGUCCACACGGGAGAAAGGCCGUUCGCCUGUACACUCUGUGGGAAAAGGUUCUCAGAGAGGAGCUACCUCAAGAUACACCAGCAGAAAAACCAUUCCACUCUAUAGCUUCUGAUGUUUAGAUCAAACCCUGCAUUAAAGACAAAUAUACAUUUAACGGUUGUCAGCAGAAAAGAACCACAGAUGCAUUUGAAAUAAUGAGAGUAACAGAUUUCAGUGUUGAAUAUUCCUGAGUAGAAUAUUGCACUCAGACAUUGUGUGAUAUUUAAGCCUAAAAAGUCUGUUACAUAUUGUGUUUGUACUGUGUAGGCUAUAUGAUGUUCACAAAUGCCUAUUUCAUUACUUCCAUUUAACUACUUAAUUUUUUCCCAUUUUUAAUGAGUUAAUAAAUGCAGUUCAUGCUUUUUUUGUUGA